AUGACUUUCCGGGACGCGUCGGUGGGAAGGGUUCCUGCGCCGAGCGCUGCCAGAGACUGUUGUAAUUCGGGCAUAGGUUCGGAGGUCAAGCCAGAACAGCAGCAGAAGAUGGAAGCCGCCGAAGCAAUCCAAUUUUGCUUCUUACGAGUCUACCAGAUUCUGCAUGGGGCCCUCGUCGGAGCCCAGCCGCCGCAGGAGGGCGCUGGCGCAUUUUGGCGCUGCAAGGUCACCGCCACGGACUGGGCUUCUGCAGCCUCGUCGCCCCGUCUUCGCUCCAAGCAGCCGUCCAGGAGCAGGACAUGCCUGCGCAGCGGUGCACUGGGCGAAUGCGUGCGUGUUCCUCGACAAAAAACCGCUGAAGGCGCAAGCCGCUUAAGCUACAGCAGCUACAGCCGAGCGGGAGCAGGCCCGGGCGCCGGCCAGGCAGUGGCUGGAGCUACGCGCGAGGCCAAAAAAUGGAUGAAGGGUGGCCUUGAAGCUUCGCCACAGAUUGGCCUCUACAGCUGUAUCGUCUCUGCGGACGCAUGUCAUUCGUUUCCUGUGGUCGUCCCCGCCGUCCCAAGGUCCGCCGCGCUGUCCCAUAAGGCGGCUAGUGGGGUGGCACGCUUCUCUGCCUACAAGUGCGUGCCGGAAGCUCGCUGUGACCGUUGGAAGCAGGACAUCAUCUUGCGCUUCCGGGCGCCUGUCUCAAGGCCCGGCACGCUGGAGCUGGAUGGGCUCCUGUUGUCAGGGAGGGAGCAAGUACUUCGACGGCAGGAUGCCAUUGCCACGCGUGACAUAGGUCUUGCAGGAUCCACCAAAGCAACCAAAGCCCCUCAAGUGUUCUGGCCCGUCUUCGUGGCUGUAACUUCCACCUUACAGUAUUGUACCGCUCCGUGCUGUGGGGCAAUGGUGGGUGGAUGCAUUAACCUAUCCUUUGCUCUCGUCAUCGCAACCUCGACCCUCUUCUGCACACUCGCGGAAGAUGCCUGUGAUGCUCCGGCUCACAGCCAAGCCCGUGCUUUGCUCCAAAGCCACGCUGCUCGGGAGCACAUCGCAAGCGUAGUGCAGGGAUCGAAUCAAAGCCAAAGCGAUCCGUCAGAGGCCGGCGCAUCCGCGAUUUUUUCCAACCACUCCAACGCAUCAGCCAUCAUUGCCCUGGUAGAUGCAUGUUUGCAGAAUCACAUGACAGGGGAUGAACAGGAGCAAGCCUUAUGGGACUUGGUGAGGACAGCUGAGAUUCUCUCCAAGCUGACAGCUGCAAAUGUCUCAGUGAAAGCUUUGGGCUCUGACUGGCCAGAUGACAAAGCCGUGAUCGAGGCUGCGAUGGUUGCUGGCCGGGAUGCUGCAGAAGCCUUGGUCAGGAAGCAAUUCGAGGCUGAGGCGGCGACGCUUCUGGGAGAGGCCAAUUUGACUCAAGAGGCCAUCGAUCAUUUCACGGAGAAGGUCGCUAAAAUGGCUGAAAUGUGUGGAGACUCCUCAGAAGCUCAGACAUUGGCAGACGACGAAGCAUCCAUUAUGUCGCGGAACAUGACCCCAGAAGAAGCUAGGAUUGCAAAGGAACUUGCUGACUAUGUGGAAGGUCUUUGCCAGUCGGAUGUCUUGGAUUUGGAUUUCUUUGUGGGCCGCCUUGCCGAUGAGUCGCCGGAGUGCAAUGCCCUGGUGGCUGACUCCAAGCUCCUUCAAAUGCAAAAGCACCUCUCAGCGCUGGAUUUCUAUGCCAAGAGCGCCCUCGUCCUGCAUGAUGAGGAGAACCGCCUGGGCCAUCACUUUGCCAAGAGGCUGCACAGGCACCAGAGGGAAGAAGCCGGGGCAGUGGAACCCUUGCUGAUGCAAGCAGCCCUGAAGCAUGGCUCCAGCAAGCCGAGGAUGGCACGCCUUUUCUAUUUGGACCGGCUUUACUACGAUAAGAUCCAUGGCUUCACCAAGGAUAAGUAUUGCGAUUCCAAUUUUCGCUUGCAGAAGGAACGGCCAGAGCAUUGGAUCAGCCAGAGUCAGGAAAUCCGGGCAUAUGUUAACUGCUUGUGUGUGAAGAAGCGGCCAUCGCUCUGGUGCGAUGCCCACCAUGCGGAGCCCUUAGCCCUUUUGCAAGCGAAGGUGGUGCAAGAACUGCAGGAAGCGAGUCGCAAGCUGGACGCGGCGAGUGCGCUGCUCCAGCUUCAGACAAAGACGCCUGUUGGUUUGGGAGCAUGUCAGGAUGCCGAUGGUAAGCCCGCUGCCUUUGAUUGCUCCUUUUGCGUGAAUGGCAACAACUGCAUCAGCACCAGCGGGUCCUACAGCCUCGACGUCUUUGGAAGCAUCAAGGAGCUUAUGGGCACGUCGGCCAGCUGUGUGAAGGGCUAUUGCACUCCUUGCAUGGGCGUGAAGCCGGGAGAUCCUUUUCAGUUCAAGCUGGAUAUUGGAGUGGAGGUUUCAGAAUGUGGCAGCACUGCCGCCUUCCUGGCCACCUAUCACUACUUUGCGGAGCUCAAGCUGUGCAUUGGGGGUGUCUUGGGGGAGGCUGCCGACAAAAUCGGUUGGAGUCUUUGCCAAAGUCUUGGGAAAUUGAGCUAUCAUCCCUUCAUUAGCAAGGUCCACUUCGCAAUGAGCCUCCCGAUCCCGCUCCCCCCACCAAUUGGAGUCGCGGCAAGCCUUGCUGUGAACUUGAACUUGGGAGAUAUCUCCCAGGCCUGUGACAACCAUUGCGCCACCUUUGGUCCUUCUCAACACUUCCGAUGCUUGCAGGAAUUCUACGCUGCGAGGGGGGUGACAGGUGUGGACUUCAAAGUGGAGGUCCUGCUGGGUGUCAGCAUCCCUUUUGUCGGCACUGUUGGCAAAUGGUUCAAGGUGCUUGGCUUCAGCUUCAUGGAAGACGACAACAGCCGUGAGAUUGCCAAGAACAAGGCUGGAGUCACUAUUGAGUACAUUGGUCCAUCACAUUGGAGAUCCAUCUGUGGCCGCACCUAUUCCGGGGUGAACUGUGAGCCUUAUGCUGGUGAUGGGGACAACCGCGCCAACGAGGACUGCAGGGGCUGUGGAGAUGACUUCAGCAUUUGGCGCCCUGACCCCAACAAUCCAAGGUCUCUCUGCAUCAGGCGUGAUGAUUACAACGGUGGCUGGGGCAUGCAGCUGGAGAUUGCUUGCCCUGUGGACAAUAGCAAUCUGAAGGUUAUCGUGCCUAUCGGCUCUAGCUCCGUGAACACCAAAUGCGCCAUGCCCGACGAGCCGGUGACGUGCCGUGCCGACGGCGGGAACCAGGGCGUUCGGCUGGGCUUCGACACGCACGGAGAUUCCUACUCCGUGUACCAGGAUGGGCACCGAUGGUGCGCGCGCAGGACGGAUCACGGUGGCGGCUGGGGGCUCAACCUCCAGCUCGAAUGCGAUCCAACCGGUGGAUCCUUUGGCUUCCAAGUGCGCAACAUUCACAUGGGCAGCAGCGACGCCAACAUGAAGUGCCUGCUGGUUACCCACGAGAUGAGCUGCGAUGCGCACACAGCUGAUUCAGCAUACCGUACCAACGACGAUUGCAGAGGUUGUGGUGACUCUUUCUAUGUGACUGUCGACAAUCCAUGGGGAUAUGUCUGUGCCCGCAGGACAGAUUUCCAUGGUGGCUGGGGCUUAAACCUUUGGUUCAAUUGCAACAGUCUCCAGGACAAUGUUCGAACCAGGCGAGAUGUGCACAUUGGCAGCAGCCAUUCCAACAGCAAGUGUGUCUGGGGCGGCUCCAUGAACGUCAUGUGCGCGUCUUAUGCUGCAAAUACUGGCUAUCGCCGAAACAACGAUGCCCAUGGUGAUAGUUUCGAGAUCACAACCAACGGUGGGACCGUUUGUGCCAGGCGGACGGAUCACCACGCAGGCUGGGGUCUGGAUCUGCAGAUCUCCUGCAUUGAUCGAUAA